UCGUUUCCUACGAGUUUAUUCAACAUGAGAUCGAUUAAGUCGAUUCAAUUACUUCUCGGCCUGUUUGCAAUCUGUACGGCAACAGAGCUUAAUCCGGAUGGGUUGCGCCGAUUGGAGCAAAAUAAUUGUGGCAUCUUUAAGGAAAGCCAUAUUAUAGGAGGAGAGGAAGUUUUCACUGGAUCGAGGCCAUGGAUGGCACUGAUUAGGACAAAGCUUCCGGAUAAAAUUUCAAAUACGUGUUCAGGAACCCUUAUUACAGAUCAAUUCGUUCUAACUGUUGCGCAUUGUGUUAAAGGCGCUGAGAUAAUAUCAAUGCAAGUAGACCUAACAACGGAUGUAGACUGCAACAAUUCCACAACGAAGACAACAUGUUUGUCAAAUAUUGAGAGCUUUGGCAUCGAGAGCGUCAUAAUUCAUGAAAACUUUGAAACACCAACAUCAUUUUCCAAUGAUAUCGCUCUGAUAAAACUCAAAAGCAAGGUUGACUUCAAAGAACACAACAGUCCCAUCUGUUUGCCAGUGAAUGCAGCAUUAGAAAAAGAAGCGACAUCCCGGGAAACACUGCUCCACACGGGCUGGGGUUAUAACAACUGGGGCUUAAGCAAUGAUAAGCUGCAUGAGGUGAUUGUCAACAAUAAUGUCGCAAAUCAAACAUGUGGACCGCUUAUUCCUGUUAAGAGCGAGAACCACAUUUGUUUCUCCGCAAGCAGUGAGACUCUUUGCAGAGGCACAUCUGGCAAUCCAUUAAGUGGUCUAGUUGAUUAUUCUGGAAUGAAACGCUUCGUCCAAUUUGCGAUUGUUUCUUUUGGCUAUCGAAACUGUAAUCCAAGUGUGGGCAUUAAUGUUGCCCGGUUUAUGCCAUGGAUAACCAAUGUGCUGGCGGAGGAAUCGUGAAUAAAUGAAAAAUUUUAACGAUUUUCUGUACAGUAAAGCGACUCCAUAAAGAAAUAUAUCCCACAAACUGUUCUGAUGUAUAUUAUUAAAGCACGAAUACAAAUCGAGGUAAAUACAUACAUAUAUAUGCACAUCAAAUACUCAUUGUCCCCAAUUCAGCUUACAAAAUAUAUUUGUGUAUUUGAAAAUA